AUGGCACGUUUCUUUAACGGGCUAAAUAUCGAGGUGCAGGAUCGUGUUGAGAUGGUGGUCUACUACAACAUACAAGAUCUUGUGCACCAAGUUGUGCUUGCGGAACAACAGAUUAAGUGGCGCCAAGUCAGCACAGUUCCCAGUAACACUUUGAACACAUGGCGACACUCGAAGCAUAAGAGUGAGGAUGUCGUUCCUAGCUCCAGGACGACAACAUCAAAUCGUUCUCAUGGUUCCGUGCAAAAGGAUGCUUCAAAAUUAGGACUGUCGAGGGUUGAUUCUAGUGCGCAGUCUACCACACAUACUAGUGACAUCGAGUGUUUCAAGUGUGGAGGAAGAGGACAUAUGAAGCGUGAAUGCCCUAAUGAGAAAAGAGUGUUGCUAACGAAAGAUGGCUAUGCAUCCGCUAGCGAUGAAGAGGUUGUUUCUGACACUUCUAGUGAAAAAUCUGAAGAUGUUGAAAAGGUGAUUUCGAGUUUUGAAGCUGCUGAAUCAUACCCAUCAUUGAUGGUGCAGCGAGUGCAAGAGGAUCGCAUUGAGGAUAAGGGGCAGCGUUGGAAUAUUUUUCAAACUCAGUGCAAAAUCAACAACACUAAUUCGCCACCGCUGUCGUCUCGUGCGCUCGCCGGCGCAGCAUCCGGCGCUCCGCCCGACUGCACCCACUGCUCGCCGCUCCCGCCCGCCGCCUGGCGCCCGCGCAGCUCCGCCCCUCUCCUGCUCUGGCCGCGCGCAGCGUGCGCGCUCGGUCACCACGACCAUGACCGCGCCCAGCCCCCUGUCGCUGCUACCCUGCCUAGCUCGCCGUGGCCAGCGGCCUUGCCGUCCCACUUCGGCCCCGACGCCCUCCCCUCUUCUCCGGCGGCUGCGCCGCUCCCCACUACCCCUCGCCUCGCUCCCCACCUCCGCUGCCGCUCUGCUACUCCGUCGUGCUGCGCGCUGCCGUCACCGCCGUCGCUCGCCCCUACUCCGCGCCACCGCACCGCCCGCAGCCCCCCUGCGCCCGCGCGGCCCGCGCGCACGCCGCCGCGCCUCCCUUCGCUCCGGCUGGCCUCACCGUGCCGCCUCGCUCCGGCCACGGUCGCCGACACCGGGCCUUGCCCGGCCCCCUUCACCGCUGGCCGCAACGCCCUAUCGGGCGGGCUGGCGCCCACGCCCGCUAGCGACCAAACCCGCCAAGGCCCCUAG